AUGUCCGGCGUUGAUUGUCUUCCCCACUACCCGCUGGACUCUGACUUGGUGAAGAGAUUGAAGUCUGCCCUGGAUGCCAAGGAUGAGGAGAGAGUGAGGGGUGUGAUCUGCUCUGAAGUCCAGCCUGUGGAUGCCGUGAUAGAGCUGGCCAAUGACGACUGGAUGAAGGACCCUGCGGUUCAGCUGCCCCCUGGCGUACUACUUGGAGACCUGGACCAUCUUAGGACCCUCAUGGGCCAGUUCUUCCAGGACGCCAACGUGGUGUUUGAGAUCAACAAGGAUGAGAUGGAAUGGCAGGUGAAAUCUUCAGCCACGUUCGGACUGUCAGGCCUCUGGACCCUGGAGUACAAGCGCGAGCUCACCACGCCCCUGUGCAUCGCGGCGGCCCACGGCCACACGGCCUGCGUAAGGCACCUGCUCGACCAUGGCGCGGACCCCGACGCCAGUCCCGGCGGCCGCGGCGCCCUGCACGAGGCCUGCCUCGGGGCCCACACGGCCUGCGCCCAACUGCUCCUGCAGCACCGCGCCGACCCCGACCUGCUCAGCGCCGACGGCCUGACGCCGCUGCACCUCUGCCGCACGGCCGCCUCGCUCGGGUGCGCGCAGGCGCUUCUGGAGCACGGCGCCUCGGUGCAGCGCGCGGGCGGCGCGGGGCAGGACACGCCGCUGCACUUGGCGGCGCAGCUCGGCCUGGACCAGCACGCGCGCCUCUAUCUGGGCUGCGGGGCGCGCGUAGACGCGAGGAACGGCCGCGGCGAGACCGCCCUGAGCGCGGCGUGCGGCGCGGCCCUGCGACCCGACGAGCACGCGCGCUGCCUGCGCCUGUGCGCGCUGCUGCUACAGAGGGGCGCGGCGGUGGACGCGCGCGACGAGGACGAGCGCAGCCCGCUGCACAAGGCCUGCGGACACGCGCGGCACGGCCUGGCGCGCCUCCUGCUGCGCUACGGCGCCGACGCGGGCGCGCUCGACUACGGCGGGGCCUCGCCGCUGGCCCGCGUGCUGCAGACGGCCCCCUGCGCGCCCCAGGACGCGCCGGAGCUCACCGUGCGGGUGCUGCUCAACCACGGCUCCCCCACCGUGUGGCCCGACGCCUUCCCCAAGGUGCUGAAGACCUGUGCGGCCAGCCCUGGGGUCAUCGAGGUUCUUUUCAACUCCUACCCUCAGCUCCGAGUGUCAGAGUCCUGGAAGCAGACGAUUCCUGCAGAAGUCUUUCAGAUGCACAAGCCUUUCUACCAGUCCUUCUUUGCCUUGGCCCACACCCCACGCUGCCUGCAGCAUCUUUGCCGCUGUGUCCUUCGCAAAUUGUUUGGUAAGAAGUGCUUUGACCUCAUACCCCUGUUACCCUUGCCAAAGUCUCUGCAAAAUUAUCUGCUUUUGGAACCAGAAGGUGCCUUGCACUGA